AUUCCUUUAUAUCUACGAAACCCACAAACUUUUCCCUUUCUUUCUUUUGGACGUCCACCCCUCCCUUGGAAAAUAGAUCAGAUUCAUACAUUUCUCCAUCGUCACGUCUCCUUCAAUACCCUCUAUCAGCAUCGCACUAUCCGUUUCUGUUCAAGGCGCUGCUUUUCUUACUGCUAGGGUUCUUACGGGAGUAAGGUUUUGUAGAUCGUCAUUUUCAUAAUCUUAAUGGGGCAACAGUCUUUGAUCUAUAGUUUUGUGUCUAGAGGAACCGUGAUCCUCUCCGAGUACACUGAAUUUACCGGAAAUUUCACUUCUAUCGCCUCUCAGUGCCUCCAGAAGCUUCCUGCAACUAACAAUAAGUUCACCUACAACUGCGAUGGACACACUUUCAAUUACCUUGUUGAAGAUGGUUUUACAUACUGUGUUGUUGCUGCCGAAUCUGCUGGCAGACAGGUUCCAAUGGCUUUUCUCGAGCGAAUUAAGGAAGACUUUACCAAGAAAUAUGGUGCAGGGAAAGCUUCUACAGCUGUUGCCAAUAGCCUGAACAAAGAAUUUGGGCCUAAGCUGAAGGAGCAGAUGCAGUAUUGUGUUGAUCAUCCUGAAGAAAUCAGCAAGCUUUCAAAGGUGAAGGCCCAGGUUACAGAAGUCAAAGGUGUGAUGAUGGAAAACAUUGAGAAGGUUCUAGACCGCGGAGAGAAGAUUGAGCUUCUUGUGGAUAAAACGGAGAACCUCCGAUCUCAGGCACAAGAUUUUAGGACACAAGGUACCCAGAUGAGGAGGAAGAUGUGGUUGCAAAACAUGAAGAUAAAGCUGAUAGUUCUCGGUAUCAUUAUCGCCUUGAUUCUCAUUAUAGUCCUAUCGGUUUGCGGUGGUUUCAACUGUGGCAAGUGAAGCAUAUAGACUUGGGCAUAGGAUCUUCAUCCGGGUUUUCUUUCGGUAUUCUUAUUAUCAUUUUGUUGCUGUUUUAUUUGCCAUUUUUGGAUGACACAUACUUGCAUUAUGCAGAAAAUACAAAACCCCAUGUUUUGGGUGCCUACUGUAUAUUUGUACCCUUAAAGACAUCUAUGAUAUAUACUUGGGAAAUAGCUUGAUUUUGUCCUUCA